UUGUGUCGAAAUAUUUAAAUAUUUUAACUUCUCCAAUAUGGCUGGUAAUGAGGCUGGACAUGGUGCUAUUGUCAGAAAUAGAGAUUUGAUUGAUGUGUGGAUAGAAGCACCGAGAGGAAAUAGAAAACAGGUGGUUCAUGAAAAGAUAUUAUCUCUUAUUGAUAUAACAGAUGAACCUUCCAAACAUCUUAAAAGUAAUAUAAUGAAAUACAGCCAGUUGUUUGGGUUGAAAAUGGCAAAUAAAUGGCAGAAAGUAGGACAAUCUCGGAAUCGACUUUUACAAAAUCAGGUAUAUAGGUUAGACAAGAUUAUAAAUAGAAUAAAUAAUGAUUCUGAAGAAAACACAUCUUCGGAUAAGGAACAAGUACCUCCUUGUCGCUCAGUUGGACGGCCAUGGGUGCCAUUUGAAGAGGCAUCGAAGAAAACAAAACGAAGACGUGUAGCCGAACUAACCACAGACAGAUCUGCAAAUGAACUUCCAUUUGCUGUAAAUGUCGUUUCUGAAAGCAAUCACAGUGAUGUCUCGCCACAAAUUUUUAGUUUUAGUACAGCUGAAGCUUUAGCCCUUAUGGUAGAUUUGAAUAUAUCCAAAACAGCUGAAAGUAUCCUUGAAAUAAUAAAUUUUGAAGAGAGAGAUUGCCGGAUUAAAGUGAUAUGCAAGUGGGGAUUUGAUGGCAGUUCUGGGCAUAGCCAAUAUAAGCAGAAAUUUUCUGAUUUAGAAAACACCGACGAAUUUCUGUUUGUUGUAGCAAUGACGCCACUCAGAUUGAUUGAUAUGGAAACGAAUAAGGUAUUGUGGAAAAAUGAGAGCCCUUCAUCUACUUUAUAUUGUAGGCCGAUCAAGUUUUUAUUUAAAAAGGAAAAUGCUGAUUUAGUGCGGAAUACGGAAAAGGAAAGAAUAACAAAAAUUGAAAAUUUGAUUCCUAUUGAGAUUAAAACAAAAGAAGGGCACUCUUAUAUAAUUGAAGUUGAUAUGAUGUUAACAAUGUUGGACGGCAGUGUUGGAAACGUUCUAUCAGAGACAAAUUCAACUCUGAAGUGCAUCAUUUGCCGAGCCAGACCCAAGGACAUGAACACGUUAGCAGGGAUUAACCGUCCUCCUAACGUAGACAAUUACCGGUUUGGUUUGUCAACUUUACACUGCUGGAUUCGUUUUUUUGAAUGCUUACUCCAUAUUGGAUACCGCCUGCCAAUUAAAUCUUUCCAGGUUCGUGGGCCUGAAAACAAAGCUAUAGUCGAAGCAAACAAAAAACGAAUCCAAGCAGAGUUCAGAGCCAAACUGUCUCUAAUAGUUGACAAACCAAAACCCGGGUAUGGCUCCUCAAAUGAUGGCAAUACGGCCAGAAUUUAUUUCCACAAUCCACAAACAAGUUCAGAUAUCACAGGGGUUGACAGGGAAUUAAUCGAGAAAUUUGCGAUCAUCUUAGGAGUGUUAGCUAGUGGUUGCGCUAUUGAUAUGGAAAAGUUUGCAUCAUUGCUGGAAGAAGCAAGAAAUUUGUAUAUCCACCUUUAUAAGUGGUACAACAUGCCAAACACGAACUGUCGGAGGAUGCGCUUGUGGCUCGCCAUAAAGAGGUUAGGAAACAUCGAUUAUCUCACACCAGAAAAUGUUCAAGAACAGAUACGAAUAGAUACGAAUAAGGAUCUCAUGCGUGUUCUUUUACUUACUUCUGAUCCUUUUAUAUCCUCAAAAAGAAAGGUGAGCUCAAAAAAAUAUAAGAAAUGCAACGAGGCAGUUCAGAACUAUUUAAAAAAGCAAGAAAAUGAUGAUUUAGAGUGCCGAGACAAUGAUUUCCGAAAAUUAUAUCUCUUUAAUCGCGAAAAUGUGGAGUGGUUAGCGCAUUAUUUUUUUGCUGACAGCGGUGAAAAGCGAGGAGGAGCAUUAUCAGCUGUGAAUAAGAUGAACAUUUUUCUGCGUCAGUUGUCAGACCCUGGCUUUCAAAAUGCCGUUGCUGAAGAGCUUGGUGUUUAUAAAACAUACACUUCCGUCCUGAACGUCGUUUUGGAGAAGGCCAACAUUUGGAUUAAAUUCCCCAAAAGCGCUGACGACUUUAUGAAUGCUAAACAACUGUGGUCGGAGAAAUACCGUUUCCCAAAUUCUAUCGGCGCAAUAGAUUGUACGCAUGUCAGGAUUCCAAAGUUUGCUGAAUUCGAAUAUAUAAACAGGAAAGGAUAUCCUAGCAUCAGCAUACAGGCAACUUGCAAUGCCAAAUAA